GGGCUGACAAAGACCCCACAAUGCACCUCAGAUAAACUGAACUAAAAAUUAACCUGCCUCUGAGAGCGAAUAACUUUUUAUUUAUCGCUUUGAUUAGUCUCGUAUUUCCGUCGAGUGUUAUUCCUGGUGUCUGUCGUUUGGGCGGUGGUGUUCAGGGGCUGGCUGGCCGGUUGUUGCUGGUAUGUGGUCUGGUGCAAGUAUGACUGGGUUAGCCACUAGCUAAGUUGCAAAUGCUAGUUAUCAUUAGCUCUUCUAUGUUUUUCUUUAAUAGUACAAACGUGACUGAAGAUGAGCAUGUAAACACAGCCAAUAUAAUGACAUCACACGGCUUUUCACGAUGUCGACCAUCGAGCUGAACUAGUUCAAAGUUAGACAUGCCGUAACUUAGUUGGUCAAUCAGUUCAACGCUUGAGUUAAACAUUUAGGUUACACAGGAUAAAUGACAUGCAGUUAUGACUAUUUACUCUAAGGCAUAUAUGACGACGCAUGAUUAUCAAGCUAAAUAUUUUAUAGAUGUCUUUAAAAGAUGUUUUGAAAUGUCCUGCGAAAUGUCAUUGUUUUCCACUAUUUACAUGCAAGACUGUGAUUCCAAACAUUCUUGUUAUAGAGGUUUAAAUCAGUUUUAUUAGGAUGCUGCCUAAUCGUUUGGCCACAUAUUCCAGUCUUUCAUUAUAAGAUACCUUCCAGAAAACUGAACAACCACAACAACAGCAUAUGCUUUUAAUUAUAUUGUUUGAACUCAGAUUUUAGGUGGACGCAGAGAAGUUUUCCUGUUUCAGCAGAGGAAUUUGAACUGGAACAGUGUCAAACUCUGCACAAACAUUAUUCUGCAAACUGAAGGUCAAACGUCCAAGAGAAGUAACACUGACCAAAACACAUUUUUGAGUGUAUUUUCAUUAUUGUAAUUAACAGCUCUAUCUUCCCAGCCUGUAGCGGUGGGAUCAGGAUCUAGGAUGGAUCCAGAAUAUGAACAUCGCCUCCUUCGCCAAAUCAAUAUUCAAAAUGACAACUUGAGUCCUGUUAAACGGGUACAGUGUCUCCACAGUCGUACACCCACUGGUUCCCUGUUGUCCUCACCCAGGAAGCUUGGAGACAGAUUUAUUCCAACCAGAACAGGGGCGAAUUGGAAUAUCAACUUCCACAGGAUCAAUGAAAAUGAUAAGUCACCAAGCCAGAACAGAAAAACUAAGGAUGCCUCUUCUGAUAAUAUCAAAGCAGAUGGGCUGGCCUACUCUGCUCUGCUGAAGAAUGAGCUGCUGGGAGCAGGAAUAGAAAAGAUCCAGGACCCCCAGACACAGGACAGGCGUCUACAGCCAUCCACCCCUGACAAGAGGAGCCUCUUCACUUAUUCACUCAAUAUCAAAAGGACGUCUCCAGAUGAUGGCACCAGCAUCUCCCCCUACUCCCUGUCAACUGUCAGCAACAAAAGUCAGAAAUUGUUACGUUCGCCGAGAAAGCCAACUCGCAAGAUCUCAAAGAUCCCCUUUAAAGUCCUUGAUGCUCCAGAGCUGCAGGAUGACUUUUACCUAAACUUGGUGGACUGGUCGCCUCUCAACGUGCUCAGUGUCGGGCUAGGCACGUGUGUUUACCUGUGGAGUGCCUGCACCAGCCAGGUAACAAGGCUGUGUGAUCUGUCAGUGGAGGGAGACUCAGUCACGUCAGUUGGGUGGUCUGAAAGGGGUAACCUGGUGGCAGUGGGGACUCACAAAGGAUAUGUUCAGAUCUGGGACGCUGGUGCUGGGAAGAAGCUCUUUGCCUUAGAAGGACACACAGCUAGAGUUGGAGCGUUAGCAUGGAACGCAGACCAGUUGUCUUCAGGAAGCCGUGAUCGUAUGAUUCUUCAAAGAGACAUACGGACCCCUCCACUGCAGUCAGAAAGACGGCUGCAGGGACACAGACAGGAAGUGUGUGGCUUAAAGUGGAGCACUGACCAUCAGCUGCUGGCCUCUGGUGGCAAUGACAACAAGCUGCUGGUCUGGAACCACUCCUCGCUGAGCCCAGUGCAGACAUACAUGGAUCACCUGGCUGCAGUUAAAGCCAUUGCCUGGUCCCCCCACCAACACGGCCUGUUGGCCUCUGGAGGCGGCACAGCCGACCGCUGUAUUCGGUUUUGGAACACGCUGACGUCACAGCCGCUGCAGUGUAUGGACACCGGCUCACAGGUCUGCAACCUGGCUUGGUCCAAGCAUGCUAAUGAGCUGGUGAGCACCCAUGGGUACUCUCAGAACCAGAUCUUGGUGUGGAAAUAUCCAGCUCUCACUCAGGCGAUGUCCCCGGAUGGCGAGGCGAUAGUGACAGGAGCUGGAGAUGAGACCCUACGCUUCUGGAACGUAUUCAGCAAAACAAGGUCAACAAAGGAAUCUGUAUCAGUUUUAAAUCUCUUUACCAGGAUACGGUAACUUCAAGCAGAUAUUUUUUU